CACUUUUCCACUGCGGCUGUCACCGCCGCCCGAAUCCCUCCCUCCCUCGCCGCCGCCGGAGGAUGGGGAAGGUGCCGCACGCCAUGCGCGCCGCAGCAGCCAAGCUCCCCGUCGCCCUCGUCCCCAAACCCAAACCCAAACCCCACGACGCUUCCACCUCCGCUCCCCCGCCCGCGCGCCGCGGCACCAACCCCGCUAAACCCCACCGCAAGCGCCACAGGGGCCCCGAAGCCCCGGAGGCCCUUGCCACCGACGCCGCGCUCCCUGGCGCGCAGGGGGAUGGCGAGGGCGAGGGGCGGAAGCCCAUCCGGACCCCCGCCGACCUCGCCGCCGCCAUCCGCGCCGCGGCGGACGCCGACAUCGACGCGGCGGUGUCCCUGGCCCUCGAGGCGCCCCCCGCGGUCCCGCUCCCGACCCACUCCCUCGCGCUCCUCCUCCGCCGCCUCGCCGCCCGCCGCUCCGUCGCCGCCGCGCGGGACCUGCUGGGCAAGCUGCACCCGGCCCCUCCCGACGGAGACCCCGCGUCCUCGACGGCCCCGCGCGGGGCGCUGCUCGCGCUCGCCGACGCCGUCUGCCGCCGCGGCGACCCGCGCGAGAUCUCCCGCCUCCUCCCGGUCCUCGCCGGCCACGGCGUCCGCGCCGACGCGCACGUCUACAACGCGCUCAUGAAGGCGCACGUCGCGGCAUCCGACCCCGCCGGCGCCCUCGCGGUGCUCCGCCGGAUGGAGCGCGACGGCGUCCAGCCCGACCUCGUCACCUACAACACGCUCGUCUACGCGCUCGCGCGCGCGGGGAUGGUCGCCAAGGCCAGGACCUUCCUCGACACCAUGGCCGCGCAGGGGCACUUCCCGGACGUCAUCACCUACACCUCGCUCAUGAACGGGAUGUGCGUCCAGGGCGAUGCGCUCGGGGCGCUUAAAUUGCUCGAGGAGAUGGAGGCCAAGGGGUGCCAGCCCAAUGAGCGCACCUACAACACGCUGCUCAUGGGUCUCUGCAAGAACAAGAAGAUGGACAAGGCCGUCGAGGUGUACAAGUUCAUGGUAGCGGCUGGGAUGAAGAUGGACGCGCCGGCGUAUGCCACCUUUGUCAGGGCAUUGUGUCGAUCGGGCAGCGUUGCAGACGCUUACGAGGUGUUUGAUUAUGCCAUUCAGACUAAGAGCAUCACAGAGGUGACGGCAUAUACUGAGCUUGAGAACUCACUCAAGUGGCUGCGCAAGAUGAAGUCAUGAUCACUCAGUUACUCAACUUGCAAGUAGAGUAUACGCCAGUUUACUUGCUGCUGGUACUUUCUUCACCCUUCAUUUAGUGAAACAUUGUCAGGCUCAGUUUGUUGUGAUACCGUGAAUAUCUGCAGAUGCAUUUGAAUUCACGCUAUAAAAUCUUUGGGAACUCCAAAGCGGCUUCCAAUUGCUGAGAAAUUCUCAGCUUCAUGUUGUUUUCUGACACAUGAAAUGUAAGAAAGAGAUGUCUAGAAUUUUUUUUUUUUUUGCAGCUUGAGUAUUUAUUACAGGUAGAAAUGGCACAAGCUCUUUUACGGCUAUGUACCAAGCUUUCCUUUCAAUGGUCAUGUAGUGCCUUGAUGUAAACAAACAUAUGUUAUGUUUUUGAAUGUCUUUUUGGAUCUGGAUAAGUUAACACCAAUUGAAUGAA